AUGUUUCUUUCUUUCGUAACGUUCGUUUAUCUCUGUGUUGGAAAUUCAAAACUAGAAAGAAAGAAAUGGCCGGCGCACUUGCUGCUUUCUGUUGAAAAAUCAAGAAAUAACUUUUUAGAUUUUUCGUUGCGCAAUAUCGUGUUUUCCCCUCCAACAGCAAUGAGGAUUGCCAUCAUUGGACAAAGUACAUUUGGUGCAGAAGUGUACAAACUUCUUCGAAGUGUUGGUCAUGACAUUGCUGGAGUUUUCACUAUUCCAGAUGUUAAAGGCCGAGAGGACCCUUUAGAAUGUUACAAAGCACUCCGGGUCGAAUUGAAUGUCUUGCCAUUUUGCUCGCAGUUCAUACCAAACGAUGUCAUCUUUUACCCCAAACACCAGACAAUCAUUUACCACCCAUCGUUGCUGCCAAAACACCGUGGCGCAUCAGCAAUCAAUUGGUCCUUGAUAAGUGGAGAAGAAAAAACAGGUUUUACCAUUUUCUGGGCAGAUGAGGGACUUGACACUGGCCCAAUUCUCCUGCAGAGGCACACCUAUGUCUCCAAGGAUGACACUGUGGAAACGCUCUAUAACCGAUUCCUUUUCCCAGAAGGAAUCAAAGCUAUGGAAUAUGCUGUGCGUUUGAUUUCUGAGAACCAGGCUCCCAAAAUUGUCCAACCAGAAGAAGGUGCCAGUUAUGAAGCAUUGUUAAAAAAAUCUUUAGUUCAAAUGAAUUGGAACAUACCAGCUAAAGACAUCCACAAUUUUAUUCGUGGAAAUGAUAAAGUUCCUGGAGCAUGGACCAUGAUUGAUGGACAGCAAGUCACAUUCAGUGGAUCCAAAAUGUGGGACAGACUUCCUCCCAGAGGAACUAGCAUUCCAAUUGAAGGUGCUUCACAACCUGCCAUUGUGCAUAAAAAUGGAAUGGUCAUUUUUGGAAAUGAUGGUAAAAUGGUGAAUGUCAACCAACUGCAACUUGCCAGUGGGAAAAUGAUUAAAGCCUCAAAAUUUGGAAAAGUGGAUGAUUCAACAGACAAACUAGAACUCAGUCCUGAAGAGGAAAGCAUGAUUUCUAAUUUGAAAGAAAUCUGGAAAGCCAUUUUAAAUAUAGAAAUCGAUGAGAAUACAGACUUUUUCAAAGCUGGGGCAGGAUCCAUGGAUGUUGUACGUUUGGUAGAAGAAAUCAAAGAAAAAUGCUCUGGUGUCAGUUUGGAAAACGAUCAUGUCUACAUGAACACAACAUUCGAGGAACUGAGCAACUAUGUUGUCUUGCGCAGUAGAGGCAUUACUGAUGAGGAACCACUUGUCUUUGAUGCGGUGAAAAUGCAUAUCAACAACAUGGAGAUUUCAUUUCCCCAUCAAUGCUUCAUUGAUAAUGAAUUUGUAGAUUCAUCUGAUGGCAACGAAUAUGAUUCAAUCAAUCCGGCUGAUGAAAGUGUCAUCUGUAAAGUUUCGAAAGCUACAAAAGACGAUGUCCAAAGAUCUGUGGAAGCUGCAAAGGAAGCAUUUGAAAAUGGAGAAUGGGGCCGGAUGAAUGCUCGUGAUCGUGGUGCUCUGAUAUACAGACUGGCUGAUUUAAUGGAUGAACACCGGGAAGAAUUGGCGACCAUUGAAUCUAUUGAUUCUGGUGCUGUGUACACAUUGGCUUUGAAAACACAUGUGGGAAUGUCGAUUGAUACUUUCAGAUAUUUUGCUGGUUGGUGUGAUAAGAUUCAAGGCAAAACAAUUCCAAUCAACAAUGCCAGACCAAAUAAAAAUCUCACUUACACCAAAAGAGAACCAAUUGGUGUCUGUGGUAUUGUUGUUCCGUGGAAUUAUCCAUUGAUGAUGCUUUCUUGGAAAAUGGCUGCUUGUUUGGCUGCGGGUAACACAGUCGUUCUGAAACCAGCUCAGGUAACUCCACUGACUGCUCUGAAGUUUGCUGAACUAUCUGUCAAGGCGGGAUUCCCCCCGGGGGUCAUAAAUAUACUUCCAGGAUCAGGUUCUGUUGUGGGGCAAGCACUUUCAGAACAUCCAGAUGUCCGAAAACUUGGCUUUACAGGAUCCACUCCAAUUGGUAAAACUAUAAUGGAAAGUUGUGCAAAAAGUAAUGUAAAGAAGGUUUCCCUGGAAUUGGGAGGAAAAUCUCCGCUUAUUAUAUUUGCUGACUGUGACUUGGAUAAAGCUGUCCGAUUGGGUUGCAACAGUGUGUUCUUCAACAAAGGAGAGAACUGCAUUGCCGCUGGCCGACUAUUUGUUGAAGAAGCCAUCCACGAUGAGUUUGUCAAGCGAGUGGUCCAAGAAAUCCAGAAGAUGAAGAUCGGAAAUCCUCUUGAUCGUUCUGUUGACCAUGGGCCACAGAAUCACAAAUCUCAUUUAGACAAGCUUGUUGAGUAUUGUGAGAUUGGCGUUAAAGAAGGAGCCACAUUGGUUUAUGGCGGUAAACGAGUGGAUUGCAAAGGAUUCUUCAUGAUGCCAACCGUUUUUACAGAUGUCAAAGAUAAUAUGUUUAUUGCCCAAGAAGAAUCAUUUGGACCUGUUAUGAUUAUUUCAAAAUUUGUGGAUGGAAAUAUUGAUGGCGCUUUACUCAGUGCAAAUGGAACCGAAUAUGGCUUAGCAUCCGGAGUUUUUACUAAAGAUAUCAGCAAGGCAUUGAAUGUAGCUGACCAGCUAGUUGCUGGAACUGUGUUUGUGAACACUUAUAAUAAAACUGAUGUUGCUGCACCUUUUGGUGGUUUCAAACAAUCAGGAUUUGGAAAGGAUCUUGGUGAAGAAGCUUUAAAUGAAUAUCUGAAAACAAAAACCAUAACAGUUGAAUAUUAA